CUCUUUGCUUCCUUCUCCUCCCGCAGCCCUAGAAAUUUUCCCCCCUCCUCCUUAGCGAAACCCUAGCCGCCACGCCAAAAAAUUCAGCCGCGCCCGAAAUUUUCCGGCCGGUUCCUCACCGCGAAUCGAUCGUUUUCGGUCUAUUCGCGGUCGAUUAGGUGGGCCUUGCCGCCUAUCUUUGUUAUCCGGCGGGGUAGAGCGUGGUCGCGCAUCGGCCAUGUCGAGGUGCUUCCCCUACCCGCCGCGGGGUUACGUGCGAAACCCAGUGGUCGUGGCCGAGGCGGAGUCUACCGCUAAGCUCCAGAAAGAACGGGGAAAGGCUGAAAAGAACAGAGAGAAAAGGAGUGAAAAGAAAGCUCUCCAGCAGGGUGAGACAUCUAAACAUUCGAAGUACAGCCAUAAGAAGAGGAAGCAUGAAGAUAUCAGCGCUGCUGGUCAGGUGCCCAAAAAGGUCUCUAAAGAAUCAGUUGAACAGUUGGAGAAAAGUGGACUCUCAGAAGAGCAUGGAGCUCCAUGUUUUAUCCAGACAGCGCGCCACUCUCCUGAGAGCUCGCAGGACAGCAGUAAGAGAAGAAAGGUUGUACUGCCCAGUCCAAGUCAAGCUAAGAAUGGGAACAUCCUUCGCAUCAAGAUUAAAAGUAAUCAAGAUUCCCCAGCAGCUGUUUUGGAGAAACCACGGGUUCUUGAGCAACCAUUGGUCCAGCAAAUGGGGUCAGCUUCAACCCUGCUGACCAAGCAAAAUUCAAUCCAGCAUCACAAUAAAGUGAAUGUGAAAUCUACAUCUGCACAGCAAAAGAUCAAUGGUGGUUCUCAAGCAGUACAAAAACAAGUCAGUACUCAACUCCCUGUGAAGUACAUGCGGAGAGAUGGUCCCCAGACUACAGCAAAGGUUGUGCAAAGGAUUGAUCCCCAAUUAUCUGUGAAGGCACCAGUUGGAAUUUCUGGCCAGCAACCUCCGAACAUAUCGGGAAGUGUUGUUCAUCAACCUGUGAGAGUGAUGGGAAGAGUUGAUCCCCCACAUGUAAAGACGACACAGAGAGUUCAAGCUCCACCUGCCAUGGUGCAGAGAGUUUAUCCUCACUUGAUUUCUGACAUUCAAAGAAAAUGUCCUCCAGCUUCUGCAAAGUUGAUGCAGAAAGAGACCAGCACUUAUGCGGUUUGUCAGGUUGAAGUGCCACAGCCUUCUCUUAUGCAAAAUCCAAAGAUGGAGUUGCCUGUCAUAGAGCAGCACCAGCAGCCAACCGCCUCUCUGCCCAGAGAAGAGCCUUGCUGCUCUGGUAGGAAUGCAGAAUCAGUUCCAGUGGAGCUGGUGAAGCAAUCAAGUUCAGAUCGAAAGAAAAGCCGCAAGGCUGAGAAGAAAGAGAAGAAGUUUAGAGAUCUAUUUGUUACCUGGAAUCCACUUUCGUUUGAGAUGGAAGAUUCAGAUAUUGGUGAGCAAGACUGGCUGCUUGGCAGUACAAGGAACUCUGAUGCCAGCAUGACGAACUGCAGAGCAAGUGGUGGUUCUCUACCAUUCCAAUCGAUGGAGCAGCAGCCUUCGUUGCAACCAAGGGCGUUAUUUUUACCGGACCUUCAUAUCUACCAGUUGCCAUAUGUUGUGCCAUUUUAAUUGUCUAGUGAGGUAGAUAAGAAGAGGUAUUGGGAGCGAGCUGUGUGCGUAUGGGAGAUAAUGGUUCCCUGCCACAAUUUUCCAGCUUUGUUUCGGAGAUUGUUGUUUCAGGACAAUUGAGUCUGGCUAUCUUCCUGUAAUGUAGCUGAAUUUUCUUUUGGCUCAUUUAUGUUAAGCAGUUGAACUGCAAUUGUAUUGUACUAUUGUCGUAUCACAGUGUUUUUGUUUCGUCCGAA